CACCUCCGUUCAAACGCAUAGUGAAUUGAAUCCAUCGAGGAUCAGUGUCGUACUCGUACUCGUACUCGUACCUCCAACACUCACAUUACAAUUAAGAAGUCAUAACAUUGUCGAAAUACUCCAGCAUUCAAACAACCCUAUUAAGAUGAUGAAAAUUCAACUGCUCUGCCUUAUCGUUCUCAGCAUUGCAUCAUUAGCAUCUGGUGCGGGCCUACGUGGAACCGGGACCGCUGCCGCCGACUUCGAGGAGGAAGCUGGACUAUCCGAACAGGACAUCGAUGAGCGGGCCGAAUUCGAUCCCGAGGAUAUCGAAGAAGAGAUUGAAGGCCGUGACCUUCAAAAGAAAAACUAUUACAAUAACAACUACCAUGGUAACAGUUACUACUACGAGGAGUAUCACAACGGCAAUCGCAACAGAAACUGGAACCACAAGAAUAAUGGAAACUGGAACUACAAGAAUGACUGGAAUAACAACAAGAAACAUGGAACCUGGAAUCACAACAACAAACAUGGAAACUGGAAUAACAACAAGAAACAUGGAACCUGGAGCAACAACAACAAACAUGGAACCUGGAGCAACAACAAACACGGAAACUGGAACAGUAAGCAUGGCUCAUGGUGGUGGGCUUUCUAAGGAACGAUCGUUUCGUUCCAAAAGCACCUGGUAUGAAUCGGAAAACUCUGUGGUGCACUGGGUAUCUACCUAUCAUAGUGUGUCACCAUCAGCUGCAUCUUUCGGCCAUUGGAACGGAUUGCAACUUUCUGUAUUGUUUACAUAGUAUUAUACGUACUACGAGUAUUUUUUUAAUGCAUCUAUGCAUGUAAUGAGUGGAGAUGAGUGUGCAUCCACCGUUUAUAAUUUAUAUAAUCCUAGUUUAUGAAAAUGAUUCGAAUAUACUUUUCUCACAAUA